AUGGGGAUUGAAUCACCGGUUAAUAUUCGACGAAUUGAAAGCCACGGUGGAAAAGUGAAACGACAUUCAGCUUGGAGUACUGGUCUUGCAGCGACCACAUACAAAGAAGUUGGUGCUGAUGAAGACGCUUCUGAGGAUGUUGGAAUCACAAAGUCUGACCAGGUAUUAAAGUCUAUGUCCACACCAUCGGUUGGAAGAAUAGCUCCAAAAUCCAAAGAGCCUAGUGACCCUUGUACGAUCUGCACAGGCACUUUGUCAAAGCUACAGUCCGGUAAAAUGCGCAAAAUGUAG